CGCUCGGAGCUGCGCGAACAUGGCCGAAGUCGGCGAGGACAGCGGGGCCCGCGCCCUGCUGGCGCUGCGCUCGGCGCCCUGCAGCCCCGUGCUGUGCGCCGCCGCCGCCGCCGCCGCCGCCUUCCCCGCCGCCGCCGCCGCCGCCGCGCCCGGGCCCGCCGCCCCGUCGCCGCCGCCGCCGCCCGCCCAGCCCCCGCCGCCGCCGCCGCCGCCGCCGCCGCCGCCCGGCGCGAUCGCGGGGGGCGCGGGAGGCGCGGGGGGCGCGGCGGGCGCGGCCGGCGAGGCCCUGGUGGUCGCGGCGGCCGCCUCGGUGCGCCGGAGCCCCGGGCCGGCGCUGGCGCGCCUGGAGGGCCGCGAGUUCGAGUUCCUCAUGCGGCAGCCCAGCGUCACCAUCGGCCGCAACUCGUCGCAGGGCUCGGUGGACCUGAGCAUGGGCCUGUCCAGCUUCAUCUCGCGGCGCCACCUGCAGCUCAGCUUCCAGGAGCCGCACUUCUACUUGCGCUGCCUCGGCAAGAACGGCGUCUUCGUGGACGGGGCCUUCCAGCGGCGCGGCGCGCCCGCCCUGCAGCUGCCCAAACAGUGCACUCUGCGGUUCCCCAGCACGGCGAUCAAGAUCCAGUUCACGUCCCUGUACCGUCAGGAAGAGGCCCCGGUGUCCCCGCUCCGGCCGCUGCACCCACACAUCUCCCCUCUGAAGAUCCACAUUCCGGAGCCGGACCUCCGGAGCCUGGUCAGCCCCAUCCCUUCCCCGACCGGCACCAUCAGUGUCCCCAACUCCUGCCCGGCCAGCCCUCGUGGGGCCGGGUCGUCUGGCUACCGCUUCGUCCAGAACGUGACCUCGGACCUGCAGCUGGCGGCGGAGUUCGCCGCAAAGGCUGCCUCGGAGCAGCAGGCCGACACAUCCGGAGGAGACAGCCCCAAGGACGAGUCGAAGCCACCCUACUCCUACGCCCAGCUGAUCGUGCAGGCCAUCUCCUCGGCGCAGGACCGGCAGCUAACACUAAGCGGCAUCUACGCGCACAUCACCAAGCACUACCCGUACUACAGGACGGCUGACAAGGGCUGGCAGAAUUCCAUCCGCCACAACCUCUCUCUGAACCGCUACUUUAUUAAGGUCCCUCGUUCCCAGGAGGAGCCUGGGAAGGGGUCUUUCUGGCGGAUCGACCCUGCCUCAGAGGCCAAGCUGGUGGAGCAGGCGUUCCGGAAGCGGAGGCAGCGGGGCGUCUCCUGCUUUCGCACCCCCUUUGGGCCGCUGUCAUCCAGGAGCGCUCCGGCCUCACCCACUCACCCGGGGCUGGUGUCGCCUCGUUCCAGCGGCCUGCAGACUCCAGAGUGCCUGUCCCGGGAGGGCUCACCCAUCCCACACGACCCUGACUUUGGGUCCAAGCUAGCCUCCGUUCCCGAGUAUCGGUAUUCCCAAAGUGCACCCGGCUCUCCCGUCAGCGCCCAGCCAGUGAUCAUGGCCGUGCCUCCACGGCCGCCCAGUCUGGUGGCCAAGCCUGUCGCCUACAUGCCAGCAUCCAUCGUGACGGCGCAGCAGCCCUCAGGCCACGCGAUCCACGUGGUGCAGCAGGCCCCCCCAGUCACCAUGCUCAGGGUGGUCACCACGUCUGCCAGCUCCGCCAACGGGUACAUCCUCGCCAGUCAGGCCUCAGCGGGGGGCCCCCACGAAGCAGCAGGCACAGCUGUGCUGGACCUGGGCGGCGAGGCGAGAGGCCUGGAAGACAGACCCACCGUUGCAUUUGCCACCGUCCCCACUGCUGGCCGAGUGAUCCAAACAGUGGCCAGCCAGAUGGCCCCAGGGGUCCCUGGACACACGGUCACUAUCCUGCAGCCAGCCACACCGGUGACCGUCGGGCAGCACCACCUCCCAGUCCGGGCCGUCACGCAGAAUGGCAAGCAUGCCGUCCCCAGCAGCGGCUUAGCCGGUGGCGCGUACGCCCUCACCAGCCCUCUGCAGCUCCUCGCAGCCCAGGCCAGUUCAUCCACUCCGGUGGUGGUCACACGGGUGUGCGAGGUGGGGCCCGACGAGCCGGCGGCAGCGGUAGCAGUAGCAGCCGCCGCCCCUGCCACCCCCGCCCCUGCUGCCACCACGUCUGCCUCUUCCACUGGGGAGCCCGAGGUCAAGAGGUCCCGUGUGGAGGAGCCCGCCGGGACUGCGAGCACGCAGGCCGGGGUGAUCACAGCCACCGGCCCGCAGGGGCCUGGAACCGGGGAGUGAUGUCACCGGCGUGGAGGUGGAGUAGGACACGCGCCAAGAGGAGUUCUGGGGGUGGACCGAGGCGGCUGCCAUCACCUCGCUCGGACCGUGAUGAGAAAGCCCCCUGCGGACCGCAGCUCGGUGCCAAACGGACAGCCCGCCUCCGCCCACCUGCACCCAGACCCCUCGUCCUCCUCAGCGUCUUGUCUCCUGCCCCUGCUCUGGUUAAAACAAAAACACAUAAACACGUUCAGACCGCUGAUUGUAUGAUUCUGGGAAUUCUUUGUUUUCAUUUCCCUCCCUCAGCACCACCUUUCUCCCCAGGCUUUCUGUCCAAGGCAUGGGGAGAGGGGCGUAGCCCAGCGUCCCCAGGAAUGCAUCUCGGCGCCCCGGCCGCCCGCCCUGCAGGAGCAGCCUCCGCCCCAAGGAUGGGACGGACACGCGGCCUGGGCCAGAGGCCCCCAAGGGAACGGACAGGCCUGGGAUCCAGCCCUGUUUGUGAGGGAUCGGGAACAGGCCGAGGAGGGCAGAACUCCAGAUCUGACUGUUCUGUGGUUUCUUCUUCCUACAAGUGACGCAGAAAGUUUUGGCAUUACCCGGGCAGAGGGGAGGGUCUGGUUUGGCUCUGGACCCCACGUGCUUCUUUUGUGGAAAUGUGGAAUUCAGGCUGGAUCAUACAUCGGAGACAGAAACAGACGGGAUCAUCUGUUUUUGAGGUUUUCGUCUGCAGGUAGUUUAACACCUGUAGGUCUGGGGUUCUUGCUGGCACUGGUCUCCACAAAGAGGAAGUCUGCCGCUCUGUUAACUUCAAGAAAGAUCGACGGCCUCCUGGAUUGGCGUUUGAGGUGGAAAGCUGUUUGGAUGAAAGGUCAGCCUGGAGCCAGCAGGCUGCAGCAUCUGGCCACAUCGAGGCCAAACCUUGAUCACGGGGCAGCAGGUGCUCCAGGCGGAAGUAGGUCACCGACUCAACAGGGAGUCGGUCACAGCCAUGUCGCUCCCAAAACAGAAGGGCAAGGCCCUUUCCUGCUGGCGGACCGAUGGGACCCACAGCCACACACGAGGCUUGUGUCACCAGGUUCCAGUGCACACCUCUGCCAUCUCAGGCUGGAACCAUCUCUCCUGCCCACAGCACCGCAGGCUCUGGGCUCGGUCAGCAGCUCCACCCACUCGGUGGGUCCUACCUGUCCUGCGAGAGUCGGGGGUCCUGCUCAGACACCCCGUGCCCCUUGGAAACGUGACCAGAGCAGGAGAGGAGCCUGCACUGCCCAGUGGACGGCCCCGUCUGUGGUCAGGUGCAGUCCUUCAGCUCCUCUCGGAGAACAUUCUCAGGAAGCGUUAAGUGCGUCCCUGUGAAAGGUGACCUGGCUCGGCGCCCAGUGUCAGUUCUUCCACCCGGAGCUGCAGGGGCCCCAUGGAAGCGGCUCCUCUCCUUACUAGCGGCCUGUCCUCAGUGUUGGUCUCCUGCCAGCAGAGCUGCUGUGCGUCCCUGUGCUCCGACGGCAGCACCGCCCAGAGCACCAGGGCUGCCCUGAGUCCCCUGGGGGCGGGCACACGGCUCUCGGGGUGGGGACGCUGCCUCAGGGGCGGGUGAGAGGAGCUCCGCCUCGCUGUCAUGGUUGUCCCCACGCACCCCCACCAGGGACGGGUAAGGAGCAUCCUCCUGGGCUGGGUAGGAAGUGCGUGCUCUGGUGUCUGCUGAGCCCCAGACCAGUCAUUUCCGUGGCACUGAACUUCACCUGGGAAAUAAGGUCUUCUGUGACAUCUGGUGAGGUUGCAGAGACAGGGAGGGGGACUUCGCUGGCCGCCGCGCCCACCCUAGUGGGGAGAGCACGCUCAUUCCACUUGGACGUUUCCUGUCGUUUUUUGUAAACUUUGUCUUCUGUCUUGUCUGCUGUGUGUGUGGGUGAGAGUGAGAGAGCUGGACCGAGGCAGUGCCACGGUGUGCACUGACGCCCAGCAAGGGCCUUGCCUCUGCGGGUUUGCAGCGAGGGCUCUGGGGUUACCUGUUGCUUCUUUCCCCUUCACCGUCGCUCAGUCCUGGACCCACGCAGGUUCCCCCAGGGGGCUGUGGCUCAUGGACCAUCCUCAACGCCACAGGCUUGCCUCCUUGGGGGAGCUGGCACCGUCCACGGAGAACAGAUGCCCGGGCCGGCUGGCCGCAGAAUACCUGGUUUGGUCAGCCUGGCUCUGACCUCUGAGAUGGUUUGGUUUCUGCCCGUUGUCAGUGAUGACCCCAGUGUGGAUUGUGGGAGUAGAGGGGAGGGUGCCGGAGCUGGAGGGAGAGAGGACAGGAUGUCUGCUGGUGACGUUCCACCAGGCAGGGAGCUUGUGCCUUUUGGGCUUCUGUGGAGAAGGAGGGACCCUGUGGGGUCAGCUCAGAUUCGGCCGGGGGCAGGGAGAGGAGGGCCAGGCCUUGGGGCCUUGGGGUUCACUCUAGAUUCAGGAUAAGCUUCUAGGUGGGCUUCUGGUCAUCUGACCAGAUGGCCCGCCUGGCUCUUGCUAGCACUUGGCCUGGGACUGGUAGCCAGGACGCCCAUGAGUGGCCAGCUCCCCAAGGAGAUGCACAUUGCAGCCAGAAAGAUCUCAGAGCUGACCAGGGAUAGUCCCCCCGACCUGUCCACAGAAGCAGGAGCGCAGGCUGGAGUCCCCAGAGAACCCCGCCCUCUGGGCCUGGCAGCCGCAACCCCACCUGCAUGGGUUGUGGCCAGUGGGCCCACCCAGCUGAGGCUGGGAAAUCAGGAAAGUAAGUAAUUCUGGCCCAGAGCUGGUGUCACUGCAGCCUUGGGCCACCCAGGGGCUGGCAUCCGUGCUGAGAGAUCAGCCAGGCGACAGCAGCCCUGCCUGGGCGGGGCACUGGGGCCGUUGUCACAGCGGCUUCCUCACGGCCUGGUACCAGGGCCCAUGUGUCUGCUCCUCCUGCUGCCUGGCCGCCCAUCGCCUCUGCCUGCACCCACACAGCAAAAUGCACUCUCUGCAUAGGAGGGAACCACAAAAAUCACUGCUUUCAAAUAGCUGGGCGUUUCCCUCAAGACGGUCUGGGCCGCGUUAGACGUGGGAAGGGCUGUGCCUCACCACUUCCUCCUGGGCCGACAUCGGACACUGCCGGUGUCCCACGGCUCAUGAGCAUGUGGGGUGGACGCUAAAUGUCCAUCGUCUGCUAUCUGCCUUUUUCUUUCCGAAGCUCCCAGGCCACACAGACUCUGUCGAGGGCAGGGUCUGUAAUCGGGGCUCAAAUAGUCCACCCCGCUUCCCCUCUUUGUGGAUCUGUAGAGGCUGGCAAAGUUAGUCAUGCUGGAAUGGCCCCGGGUCCCCGGCAGUUGUCCCAGGCGUGCCCACUUCGGGGCGGGUGUGCUCCGACAGCAGGUCCACUGUGCAGAGGGGUGGGGGCCCUCGCUUUUCCUCCUGGGCUCUGGCUGGUUCAUGUUUGGGGUCUGCUGUAUGGGGGAGUUUUUUCCUCAACUUAAGAACCAAGCCGAAUGGAAACAGGGGAAGUGAAUGUCUGACUUUUGAGCCGGGAGGGAAAGGGUUUGGCGGAGCUGCGCCCAGGCUCCGGCCCCUCUGCUUACCUCGCUGGUCCUGGCGAAAGACUUGUGUGGGUCACAAGCGGCGUUCAGCUCACGCUCUCAUUCCCUCUGAUCAGAGAUCUGCGUGGAACGUCUGGAGGCAGCUGUCCACCCACCUCCACCAGCGUGUUGCGAGGUCUCUCUCUGUGGAUAGAAAUCCUUGGCAAUUCUGAGUUCAGAGGGAGGAGAAAGGUUUUCUUGGGCUUUUUUCCUUUGGUCAGUUUUUUACGGAGACAAAGAACAGACCUCAUUUGAAAAAAAAGAAUGAAAACUUAGCUGAACGUGGGCCGUGGCAGAGCUGUCAGUGUAGCUGAUGCAGGUGAAUGAUCUGUUUUUCUCCAAAAGCCUCAAGUUCUACCCAGCCCUGGAGCAACUUCGUCUGGGGUGAAGGACUGCACUGUCCCAGGGUCAUAGCCAGGGCGCGACCUCUGCCCCUUCAGCUCUGGGAGGGAGGGUCCCGCCCCCAGGAAAGGUGCACUUGGCUGCCUCUCGCUUCAUUGCUGCAUUGACAGUGCGCUGCUUGUUCUGGAAUAAGUUACCAAAAGUGGUUGUGAGCCUCUGCAAGGAAAAAGGGCCAGAGUCGCUAACCCGAGGCCCCGUCCCCAGUGCCAGGUCCCCGAUCCCCAGUGCAGCCGCGAUGGGCCUCGGAGGCUCCCGGGGAGGCUGACGGUGGAAACGCUUCCCCGCAGCCGCUCAGGGCCGCCUUUGAGGCGCCUCCGCAGAGGAGCAGUGCUGUUGAACGGGAAUCAGGUUAUUCAGACGUGCUGCUAUGAAGGUAGGGUGGUCCCGGAGUCAGCAAGUGGUCUUUGAGGUGAGGGCUGAGCAAAGCCACAGCCGUGGUCCCUGACCCAGUUUAUGUCACCGUCUUCAGACUGCUUUCCUGUGUCUUACAAACUUCUCAUUUCAUAAGCUCCUUUCUCGAGGGCUGGUUUCCCACGUUAGGAUUUUAAACACGCUCAGGACCCGGGUCUGUUCGUGCUCCCGUGCCGCCACCGUUCUUGCUGGGUUCCUCCAGGGCCUGUGCCCCUGCAGUGCCUUUUACCACCAGAGCUGCUGCCUCUGGCGUCCAAGGGCGGGUCUGGACCUGGUGCCGGCAGGGGCCCGUCUGGCAUCACGCAGCCCCUGGGCGACGCCUGGGCCGGUGCCGUGAGGCCCAGCCGCUCGGAAGAUGGGCCUCUGGUGGCCACGAGCAUUUGCUGUGACCUGAAGUUGAACAGCUGGAGUGUCUCACUGGUCGUGUUGAGGGAAAGUAGUUGGGCUCCGUGAGGGGUCUCUCUACCCUCUCUCCUCCCAGGCAUCGCAGGCCUGCUUGGGGCUUGUCUCUGCAGUGAGUUUUCCAGCCCAGGCUCAGGCCACGCGGCUCAGUUUUGCUGCUGCAGGGAUGAGCUGCCUUCAGACCAGGUCCCACGGAGGGUGCCCGUGGUGCUGCUCCCGCAGAGGGUGAAGAGGUUCUCGGGGGCACAAGGCAGCCAUGCAGAGAAGAGAGUUCGGAAGGGUUCAUUUUCUCUGGGUUUGACGAGCCUCACUGUGUCUCCAUCACACCCGGGAGGACGUCUGCACCGCCUCCGCCCUGAGAAGCAGGCCUGGGCCCGAACGUCAGCGCCCUGCUGCUGGGGGCCCAGAGGCCCUCCCGCGGGCUGACCACUCCCAGGAGAGGGCAGCUCUGUCCCGCUGCCCCCGGGGUGGGCGUCUGGAUCACCUUUUCACGCGGGACUGAAAUGACAGUGAGUGAGCCUCAGGACCUCAGUGUCUCCUUUCCCUUACAGCUGGUUCUGGCUACUCGAUGUUUUAGAAAAGACCGCAGGGAGCAGUGGCAUCUUUCUUUCCCUCCAGGGGGAAGCUCCACUCAGGGGGUCCCUUCAUUCCCUGCACCUGCUGGGCCUGCUGGUAGCCGUUGGGAAAUGUCGUGGGAGACACAUUCUGGGAGUGGGUGGGAGGCAGCAGACGCUUCUCUCCUUCGGCUGACCCGCCGAGUGCUGGCUGCGUGGGGCCACACCCCCCAGGUCCCCACCCCGGCCCCACGAGUGAGUGUCUUCAGGCUGUGUUCUCUGGGGUACAGUCACCGUUUUUUUUUUUCCAGGGGAGACCUAGUAAGUUUCCAAGCCACUGUCACCUUUUUACCCCAACCCAGGUAUUUUAAGAGAGUCAGAACAGAAUUGGAAGAAUUCUAGUUUAUUAUUCUUUACUUGAGAAUCUUUUCUGGAGUCACUGGCUCACUUGAUUCAUCCAAAUACUUACUGCUGGUCUACCCUGUGUCAGGAACAGUGCAGACUACGCAGGAGACCAGGCUGCAGAGGGAUGUGACGCUCAGAUCUGCGACACACCUGGGUGCACAUUUCAGUCCCACACAUCAGAACGACUGUGCUGCUUGUGUGAAGGGUGUUCUUGCCCCGAGUGCUGGGACUUGCUCCGGAGCAAGUCUGAGCCACAAGGAGCCCUGACCUGUCCCCAGAUUCUGAAUGAGUUGGCUGAGCCGGAACAAGAUCUGUGACUCUGAAAUGGAUUUUUUUGUGCAUGAAGUUCACUGGCCUGAGGAUACUGAACGACACCCGUCGCCUCUUAAGAUCUUAGCCUAUAAAUUUCUGGGUUAACUGGUCCAGGUUUUUUUUUAAAUAGAUCCUAAUUUUUUAUUGAUUGAGUUUUCUGUUUCUUUGAUUUAUUUGUAAACCAUUCCACCGUGCCUUUAAAAGUCAACCUUUAAUUUUCAUUCAUGGCUUCUUGUUUAAAAAUCCUUCCCCCUGCCCCAUCUUCCUCCACGGGUGGGUUCCUAUGGCAUGAGUGGUAACUGCAUUCAUACUUAAUCGGGUUCUUGACCUUCAGCAGGGCUUAUUAGAACACAGAUUGCUGGGUCUCACCCAGAGUUUCCGGUAAGAUCCCAGGCGAUGUCAGUAUUGCAGGUCUGGGUCGGUCUCUGAGAACCGCUGCUCCAGAGAAGAGUCCCCGGUUCCCCUCCCGGGUAUAGAGGUGUGGGUUCCGGGCUCUACAGUUGACUCCCGCAUGCCAUCAGCUGAAGAAGAUUGGGUGGUGAUGCUGUUUCAGGGUCGGGGGAGAGGUGGUGUAUUGUCUUUGUUUCGCAUUGUUGAAAUUUGUGGAAAAUCCUUUUGGGCUUUUUUUAAUCAGUAAAAAUGGAAUUUAAAAUCAAACAUUUGAAGUUCAGCCCUCCCCUCCCAGCUUCCUUUCUAGAAAGGCUUUCUGGCUAUCUCGUAGACCGAAUUUGCCUGGUUUGAUUUCUGCUUGAGGCCAGGGGUCGGGGAGGAAAGAGCAAAGCGUGUCCCAGGUUCUCACUGAGACCAGAUCCGUGAGCUGCGCGGGCAGCUUGGUGCACAGGAGGGAGAGGCUGGACCCAGCACAGAUUGUUUUUUCUUACCUGACUGAGAAUUCUCCAGUAGAGAUCAUUCAGGGGGCCGGCGUUGUUAGUGGGGUGUGUGUGUGUGUGAGUGUGUGUGUGUAUUUUUUUUUUUUACGGUGGCUGUCUAUAAAGUAUUUUUCACAAUAUGUUUAAUCGCCAAUGCUUUAAAAAGCGGCGGUAUCCUAGAGAGGGAAUUUAAGUCCCAGCGCGUGGGAUGGGAAGUUCAGGGCACAUCACACGCAUGUUGCACCACCUGUAUGUGAAGUCUGGUCCGUGGGAGACCCACCAGGGGUAGCAGACGCCCCGGCCCCGGGCGAGGCCAGCGGUACCACUGGGAAGACCGGGGACCCACUGCGCUGGGCCAGCCUGCAUUUUUCAUUUCAAGUGGGAUACAGUAUUUUUUUAAUACGGAGCCAUACUUUUUUUUUUUUAAAGUUUGAGAUUUGAAUGUGAUUUCUAAUUGUAUCAAACAUUAAUGUUUUAAAGCUAUAACAAAGUUUAAAAUUUCUACUUUCUGUUUUCCAUUUAUUUUAACUGUUCUUUUAUCUAUUAAAUUGUUGUAUGUGGAUGGGGAAGUUUUGUUUCUCCUCUUAGCCUUUGUUUCUAUAACCAGAAAUAAAAUUAUAUAUUAAAGAAACAACA